CGUUUCCGGCGUGACGGAUUAAAGUUCCCCCGCAGAGAAUGGAGAGGACGAGGAGUUCUUUAAUUAAAAAUUGACGAAUGACUUAAUUUUUAUAAUAAUUAGAACAAUUAUUAUUUGAAAAAUGGGCUCUCUGUUUUCGAGAUUUAAGAAAAAAGAAUCAAGAGUUACGGAACAAGACAAAGUAAUUCUCCAACUGAAGCAACAGAGGGAUAAACUGAAACAAUAUCAGAAAAGAAUUACUGUCAAUCUAGAAAAAGAACGUGCUCUGGCUAAAACCUUAUUACAGGAUGGCAAAAAGGAAAAAGCAAAACUACUGCUGAGAAAGAAACGAUUUGCAGAGCAAAUGCUAGCCAAAACAGAUGGACAACUAGUGAACUUAGAACAAAUGGUAUAUAAUAAAAUUAUUGAUAUUAAUAAUUAUGGAAACAAAGAUAUCAGAUUACAAAGAUUAAUUGAAAUUGAUGAACUGCUCUCUGGUUAUCUCACUCAAGAAGAUGAGGAUGCCGUUCUAGAUGAGUUAGAAGCCAUUGUUGCCGAAAGUAUGCCCAAUGUUCCAGAAGAAGCUGAAGAAGAAGCUAAAGAAGAAAUCAAAUUUCCUGAAAUACCUAAAGAAGAACCAAAAGAAAAGAAAGCCGAGCCCGAAAGAAUCCCGGUGGCAGCUUCUUAAAUUGCAUGGCUUGGGAAUCCGAUUCAAACACCACUGGUAAAACUAACCGAAACGAUUUACUAUUUUCGUGUAAUUGAUUUUGUUAAUUUUGUAUAUAAUUAUGUGUUUGUUUAUGGGG